CAGACUGCGACGGAGGGGGAGAUUAGGAACAUCAGACGCACCUUGUCGCAUCGCAUCCCAUCGCAAAUUCACUUUGGUUCAUGUUGCUUGCUUGAGCACACUCGUUUGGCUGUUUGUUCUUGUCGCAUCAGAGCAAUUCAAUUUGGGAUUUAUUUCACCGUCUUUUUCUGUCCACUCUUGCCUUUCUUACCCUCUCACUUUAUCUCUGCCUGAUCUUCCGAGACAUCUCCUCUACCAUCCUCGUUUCUCAACCACCAACACUACCACUAACAUGGCUGCAAAUACGCCUCAAGAAUUAUCCACCCCUCUAAACUUCCAUACAUCCCUCCUUCCUAAACCGAACCCAUGGUCUGUCAAUGCCGUGUUAAAAGAUCUUCCCAAUCCGCCUCCUGAAGGGUCUUCCUCUCCAAUCUCCUUUUUCCACUACAUCGAGCGACUCAAGAUUGAAAAGCGCGAAGGAUGGCGCAGGUUCGGAAUUGUUAGGGGAGAAUCCAUCGCCGACCACAUGUACCGAAUGUCAUUAAUCACCAUGCUCGCUCCACCCUCGUUAAGUUCCAAGUUGAACAUCCCCAGAUGUACCAAAAUGGCGCUUGUACAUGACAUGGCGGAAGGACUGGUAGGAGAUCUGACACCAGUUGACGGCGUUCCCAAGGUCGAGAAGAAUCGAAGAGAAGCCGCAACUAUGGACUGGAUCGCAUCGUCAUUACUGGGCAAGGUUCACGGCGGAGUCAAUGGAAAGGAAAUCCAAGAGGUCUGGCAAGAGUAUGAGGACAGCGAAACCCUAGAAAGCCAUUUUGUUCACGAUGUGGACAAGAUUGAGUUGAUUCUACAGAUGGUCGAAUAUGAACGAGCCAGCAAUCUACAGGUUGAUCUGAGUGAGUUCAGCUGGGUAGCCCAGAAGAUUGUUCUCAAGGAGAUGAAGGACUGGGCCAAGGAGAUUCUGGAUGAGAGAGAGACGCUCUGGGCGGAGAAAAAUAUUCAGCCACGGGAUCCUACCAAUGCCGAGUACAUCAAGGCAAGUCAUGACGAGUAUUACGGAAAUGGAGCUGGGAAGAAAGACGGGGCAGAGACGAACGGUGUCAAGGAAGAGAUCAACGGUCAUAGCAAAUGACUCCAGAGCAUGAAGACAGAAUCGGAUGAGAUGAGAUAAGAUGAUGAGAGAGCAACGAUACCCUUUCAAGCCCAGGAGAAGCAUUAAUUAGAGACACAGUUAGAUUCAGCAAUGAAGCCCAUCGGCCACCCAUAUUGUACUACA